AUGUUUCCUCUUGUUUCGAUUUUACUACUACUGUUUUCCUCCCUUUCGGACAACCGAGCUGCUGCCUUUAAGCCCGAAAGUGCUGGGAAAAGGCAGACUUCUAGUCAGGUUACCACUGUCGAUCUUUCGACGAACCUGGGAACUCCUCUGCACUUGGCAUCUGGUUUUAUCUAUGGGAUUCCCGAUACUCCGAAUCAAAUUCCGGACCAUUUCUACACAGAAAUGGGAUUUAACUAUGCGAGGGCAGGGGGAGCUCAAGUGCUUGCUCCAGGAAGAGGAUGGAUUUUUGGAGAGUACCCUGGCCGAUUCGCAUCUGUUUUGUCCAACUACAAGACUGCACGAAAAUAUGGUGCAAAAUUCAUCUUCUUACUCCAUGAUCUAUGGGGCGCAGACGGGACUCAAGGCUCUUCUGCACCAUACCCGGGAGAUAACGGCAACUGGACGGACUUUGAUAAUUAUCUGACCCAACUCAUCUCGGAUAUCCAAGCCAACGACAUGACUCCGGGCCUCAGGAUGGAUAUAUGGAACGAGCCGGACCUGACGGUUUUCUGGAAUAGAACCCAGAGCCAAUGGCUUGCUAUGUGGGAUCGAACCUACAAUCGUUUCAGAAGAUCCGAGUUACCAUUUGUUUCACUCUUUGGCCCAACGUUAGCCAGUGCGCCAAGUACAUCAAAUACAUGGUGGACCAACUUCUUCCAGCAAGUUGCGAGCAACAACACCAUUCCAGAUGCGUAUGUUUGGCAUCUAGAAGGAAGCACCUCAGAUGUGAAUGACGAUCUCCAAACGAACAUUCCCAUUUUAGGUCAGCUGCUAAGCCAAUUUGACCUCCCUCAGAAGCAAGUAAUUAUCGAUGAAUACGGUAUUUUCGCGGAGCAGAACCCAGCCGGAGCAGCGUGGUGGAUCGCACGUUUGGAACGCUACAACGUCCCUGGUUUACGGGGUAACUGGCUUUCCACAACCCAGCUACACGACUUCUUGGCCAGUCUCCUCGGGAAGACUAACGUCAGCGACGCGACAGGCACUGGGUACUGGCCCAAUGGAGAGUGGCAGGUGUACAAAUACUACAAUACGAACAUGACAGGCCACCGAGUAUCAAGCUCGGGGUCAAUUGAUCGACUAGCUGACUCGUACGGUGUGGUAGGGUCUGAUCGGGUAAGAAUCUUGGUGGGGAACCGCCAGACGACCGGGACUUGGCAGUUGACGAUUAACAACCUUGCGUCCGUUAGCCUCCCUCAGUCCGGGACCCUUCCGGUGAAUACUUUCCAGUUCUCGUUUACGGGAGGGCAUUUUGGUCAGGUCGGCGAUCCGACGGAUUUGGGAUGGGUCGAUCAUACAUAUUCUGAGAACUCUGUCUCUUUCCCCAUUUUCCAGACCGAUACGCAGACGACGUGGGCUUUUGAAUUCGAAAUCUGA